AUGGCUCCCGCCAAACUCGAAACCGAGGAUCAUUCUCGCGAUGCUGCUUUCAACAAAGCCAUGCACAAGGACUCGUCUGACGCUCAAGGUGGUUUCAGGGCCUUGAUGAAGAAGGACAAGGUCGCCCAGAAGGCUGCUGUCGAUGAGUACUUUAAGCAUUGGGACGACAAGGCUGCAAAAGACGAGACUCUUGAAGACAGAGACGCACGGAAAGCUGAAUACGCUACCCUCACAAGACAUUACUACAACCUCGUCACCGAUCUCUACGAGUACGGCUGGGGACAAUCGUUCCACUUCUGCCGUUUCGCAUACGGAGAAAACUUCUAUCAAGCCAUUGCCCGCCACGAACACUACCUCUCUGCCAAGAUCGGUAUCAAGGAUGGAGACAGGGUCCUAGAUGUAGGAUGUGGAGUUGGUGGACCAGCCCGAGAAAUCGCAAAGUUCUCCGGCGCCCACAUCACUGGCCUGAAUAACAACGACUAUCAAAUCGAGCGCGCAACAAAAUAUGCAGCCAAAGAGGGAAUGUCCGACCAAUUGGCAUUCGUCAAGGGAGAUUUCAUGCAAAUGUCCUUCCCUGAAGCUUCGUUCGACUGCGUCUACGCCAUCGAGGCCACCGUUCACGCCCCCUCCCUCGAGGGCGUCUACUCGCAAAUCUUCCGUGUCCUCAAGCCCGGUGGCGUCUUCGGCGUCUACGAAUGGCUCAUGACCGACAACUACGACAACACUAACGAGCACCACCGCGAGAUCCGUCUAGGCAUCGAGCAAGGUGAUGGUAUCUCCAACAUGGUGCGCAUUUCCGAAGGUAUCGCUGCCAUCAAAGCCGCGGGUUUCGAAUUAGAGCUCCACGAGGAUCUGGCCAAGCGUCCUGAUGCUACGCCGUGGUAUUAUCCGAUUGCAGGAGAUUUCAAGAUGAUGGGUAGUGCCUGGGAUGUUCUCACUAUUGCGAGGAUGACGAAGUGGGGGAGGGGGUUGACGAAUAAGUUUGUUGGUGCGCUUGAGAUGGUGGGCCUUGCGCCAGGGGGUACGCAAAAGACGGCUACGAGCAUGGCGUUGGCGGCUGAUUGUUUGGUUGCGGGUGCCAGAGAGGAUCUAUUUACACCCAUGUACUUGAUGGUUGCGAGGAAACCUUUGAAGUAG